ACGAGGUUCUCUCUUUCUCAGCAGCAGCGUAGCAACGGGUGAGGUCGUGGCGUCGCGUGGCUGGAUGGACUGACGAAAAACAUCAAAAUACACUCAAAAUCAGUCGAUCUGAGUUCAACUAGAGCGCCGCAAACAUGCCGGCGUACUUUCAACGGCCGGAGAACGCUCUGAAACGAGCCAACGAGUUUCUCGAGGUCGGCAAGAAGCAGCCAGCUUUGGACGUUUUGUACGAUGUCAUCAAGAGCAAGAAACAUCGAACAUGGCAGAAGAUCCACGAGCCCAUCAUGCUCAAGUACCUGGAGCUGUGCGUGGAUCUGCGCAAGAGCCACCUGGCCAAGGAGGGUCUCUACCAGUACAAGAACAUCUGCCAGCAGGUGAAUAUCAAAUCUCUGGAGGAUGUGGUGAGGGCUUACCUGAAGCUGGCGGAGGAGAAGACUGAGACAGCCAAGGGGGAGUCCCAGCAGAUGGUCCUGGACAUCGAGGAUCUGGACAACAUCCAGACUCCUGAAAGUGUUCUCCUGAGUGCUGUGAGUGGAGAGGACACUCAGGAUCGUACCGACCGCCUGCUGCUCACUCCCUGGGUGAAGUUCUUGUGGGAAUCUUACCGCCAGUGCCUGGACCUGCUGCGGAACAACUCCAAGGUGGAGCGCCUGUACCAUGACAUUGCCCAGCAAGCUUUCAAGUUCUGUCUCCAGUACACCCGUAAAGCGGAAUUUCGCAAGCUGUGUGACAACCUGCGUAUGCAUCUGGGUCAGAUCCAGCGCCACCACAACCAGAGCACCGCCAUCAACCUGAACAACCCUGAAAGUCAGUCUAUGCACCUGGAGACACGUCUGGUGCAGCUGGACAGCGCCAUUAGCAUGGAACUCUGGCAGGAAGCAUUCAAGGCUGUUGAAGACAUCCAUGGCCUGUUUGCUCUUUCCAAGAAGCCUCCCAAACCCCAGUUGAUGGCCAACUACUACAACAAGGUGUCUACUGUGUUCUGGAAAUCUGGAAAUGCUCUCUUCCACGCCUGCACCCUCCACCGGCUCUAUCACCUUUCAAGGGAGAUGCGCAAGAAUCUGACCCAAGAUGAGAUGCAGAGGAUGUCCACCAGAGUCCUCCUGGCCACACUGUCUAUUCCCAUCACCCCCGAGCGCACUGACAUCGCUCGGCUGCUGGACAUGGAUGGCAUCAUUGUAGAAAAACACCGCAGGCUGGCCACCCUCCUGGGCCUGCAGUCUCCACCAACCCGGCAGAGUCUCAUCAAUGACAUGGUGAGAUUUAACUUGCUGCAGUAUGUCGUACCUGAUAUAAAAGAACUUUAUAACUGGCUAGAAGUCGACUUUCAUCCACUGAAGCUGAGCGGAAGAGUGACCAAGGUGCUGAACUGGGUGAAAGACCAGGCUGAGAAGGAGGCUGAUCUGCAGCAGUAUGUCCCUCACCUGCAGAGUAAUACCAUCCUGAGGCUCCUGCAGCAGGUUGCACAGAUCUAUCAAAGCAUCGAGUUCACCCGUCUGGCCUCCCUGGUUCCAUUUGUGGACGCCUUCCAGCUGGAGCGCUCCAUUGUGGAUGCCGCCCGGCACUGUGAUCUGCAGGUCCGUAUAGACCACACCUCUCGAACGCUGAGCUUUGGCUCUGACCUGAACUACUCUACCAAAGAGGAUGCCCCUGUUGGUCCGUUCCUGCAGAACAUGCCCUCAGAGCAGAUAAGGAACCAGCUUACUGCCAUGUCUGCGUCUUUGGCCAAGGCCAUCCAGAUCAUCAAGCCUGCCUCCAUCCUGCAAGAGCGCGAGGAGCAGAGCCAGCUGGCCAUCGCUGCCUAUCUGAAAAACGCCCGCAAGGAUCACACGCGCAUCCUGGCUCGCAGACAGACCAUCGAAGAGCGUAAGGAGCGCCUGGAGAGCCUGAACAUCGCGCGCGAGAAGGAGGAGCUGGAGCAGCGGGAAGCUGAGAUGCAGAAGGUCCGUAAGGCUGAGGAGGAGCGUCUGCGCCAGGAGGCCAAAGAGAGGGAGAAGGAGCGCAUCAUGCAGGAGCACGAGCAGAUCAAGAAGAAAACGGUCCGUGAACGGCUGGAGCAGAUCAAGAAGACUGAACUUGGAGCCAAGGCCUUCAAGGAUAUUGAUAUCGAGGACCUUGAGGAGCUGGAUCCCGACUUCAUCAUGGCCAAACAGGUGGAGCAGCUGGAGAAGGAGAAGAAGGAACUUCAGGAGCGUCUGAAGAACCAGGAGAAGAAGAUUGACUACUUUGAGAGGGCAAAACGUCUCGAGGAGAUUCCUCUUAUCAAACAGGCUUAUGAGGAGCAGCGCAUCAAGGAUAUGGAACUAUGGGAGCUCCAGGAGGAGGAAAGGAUCAGUAACAUGAAAGUUGAGCGGGAGAAGGCUCUGGAGCACAAGAAACGCAUGUCCAGGAUGAUGGAGGACAAAGAAAACUUCUUGUCCAAAAUUACUGCUGCUCGUAGCUUCAUUUAUGAGGAAAAACUGAAAGCUUUCCAGGAGCGUUUUGUGGAAGAGAGGAAGAAGCGCCUGGAAGAAAGGAAGAAGCAGCGCAAAGAGGACAGGCGUAACACUUUCUACCGUCAGAAAGAGGAAGAUGCACAGCGUAUCCACGAGGAGUCGCUCAAGAAAGAGCGCGAGGAGGCUGAACGCGUGGAACAUGAGCAGCGAGAGGAGGAGGAGAGGGAGUACCAGGAGAAACUGCGCAAACUCGAGGAGCAGGAACGGAAGCAGCGUGCUCGUCAACAGGAGAUCGAAGAGCGAGAACGCCGUCGUGACGAGGAGAAAAGGGCCCCUCCAGAGGAGAAAGCCAAGGAUUGGGGGGGCGAGAAGGAGCCUGAGAAGGAGAAGGAGGAAGGAGGAGGAGGAGGAGGAGGAUGGAGGAGGCGCACAGAGGGUGAAUCAGAGUGGCGUCGUCCUGUGCCUGACAAGGAGGGGAGACCGGAGGGGAGACAGGAGGGCCGUGAGGAUGACCGAGAAGACAGAGACAACGUCAGGCGAGAAUGGCCUCGCAGAGAUGACGGAGGACCCCGUCGGGGCUUCGAUGACGAUAGAGGCCCACGCCGUGGCGGUGAUGAUGCGCGUCCUCUACGCAGAGGGUUUGAUGAUGAACGUGGCCCAAGGAGGGGUGGAGAUGACGAUCGCGGCCAGAGGCGUGGCUUUGAUGAAGAUCGUGCCCCCAGGCGUGGUUUUGAUGACGACAGAGGUCCCCGUAGAGGCAUGGAUGACUUCAGGGGUUCCAGGCGUGGGGCUGAUGACGACUGGGGUCCCAGGAGAGGAGGAGAUGAUGAGAGAGGUGGAAGGAGAGGCAUGGAUGAUGGGCCACGCCGUGGUGGUGAUGAAGACAACGAAGGCAAACCCUGGAAACCCGCGGGCAGACCCGGUGGUUGGCGUGAGCGGGAGAAGGCCCGAGAGGACAGCUGGGGUCCUCCCCGUGAUGACGCCCCAGAGGGCAGAGAUGAUGGUGGCGGUGGCAGAGAUGAUGGUGACGGAGAGGAAAAAUCCAGUGACAGCUUCAGAGACCGUCGUCCAGUCAGAGAGGAGAAGGAGAAGGAGAAUACCUGGAGGAGAGCAGGCGCAGAUGACAGAGGAAGCGGCUGGAGAGACUCUCACAAGGAGGAGAGUGACCGCAGUGAACGGCGUGACGGUGAUGAUCGUCGUGUUGAGCGCGGUGUUGAGCGCGGUGGUGAGCGCGGUGGUGAGCGCGGUGGUGAGCGUGGCGGUGAGCGUGGCGGUGAGCGUGAUGAGCGCCGCAUUGAGCGCCCUGAUAGAGACCGUCGGGAUGACCGUGAAGUCAGAGCCCCGCCCAGAGAUGAAGAUGCUGGAGGUUCUUGGCGUCGUGGAGGCGAAGAGAAGCGUGAGGAGCGGCCCAGAGACAGAGAAGGAGAUGGGGAGCGUGUGCUUGAGCCGGACCAGGACCGUGAGGCUGAAGGAGAUAAGGGUUGGCGUGGGGACAAAGAUGCUCGUCGCACCAAGAACGAGACAGAUGAUGAUGGCUGGACCACGGUCCGCCGCUGAGUAAAGACCGCUGCAUCUAAUCAGCUCAGUUAAUGAAGAAUUGGUUUUGAAAAUAAAUAAUACUCAGUAUCCCAUCAGCCAGUUAGCCACAGUGGUGAAUUAAUAACCACAAUCUUCUGAUGCUCAUGUGCGUUAUUCCUUUGAAUUAAAUAUUUGUAGGCAGUAGUUUUUCUGGGGAUUUCUUUCCUUUUAUUUUGACUUUCAGCAGUUUUGAACCAGAGGCUCCUCAUUCACCACCCAAAACACCAUUAACCAAUGAACCCGUGUUCACUUAGGCCUCACGCAAACCAUCAAUGUAAACAUGACUGCCCCCAGUGGUUAGGAGUGUUAUUACUUCACAUGAGGAAGUGAAACCGUCUAAACUGAAAAUUAAUGUACCUGUUCCAACUUUCACUGCAAACUCAAGUACAUCACCAACUGCCUCUUUUAAAUAAUUGCAUAAAUGUUAUAUUAAGCCACAGAUCUUGUUAACGGCAAUGACUAGUAGUCUGUCAUCUGCUUCAGUGAUCUUCGCUCUUCAUCUAAUGUUUCAGGUUCUGCUUAACCCGAUAAAAGACUAGUGGAAUUUACAUUUUGAUGUGCAUGCUUUAGAGUAUUCAAUUGGCCUCGCCUGAUAAUCCAGUAUGUGCUUCUAUCUUGCAGCAAUCAACGGCAUCAAACCAGGUUGCAUGUGUACAGAUAAAGCCUUUAUUAAUAAAGAUGUUUGCUCACCACCAAA